AUGUGGAAGCUCUCCAAGAGCCCUCUCAGGCUGUUCUACUGCAUGGUGGCAUGGACAUCAACUGCUCACACCGUCAAAGGAAGCACAUGGCCCAUUCCUUCCAAAACAAGUGUUCUAGACAGCAGAGAUAAGCCAUUUGGCUAUUUCAUGCUGGGAAUGUGGAAUAUCCCCUCACUCCAGACACCACUCUUCCUCCUCUUGCUCAUGGUCUAUUUGAUAACGGUGGCUGGGAACAUCCUCACUGUUGUGUUGGUGGUGGCAGACUGGCAACUGCACACACCCAUGUACUUCCUCCUGGGCAAUCUCUCCUCCUUGGAGAUCUCCUACAGCUCCACCAUCCUGCCCCAGCUGCUGGUCAGCUUCCUGACUGGGGACAGGACCAUAUCUGCUAGGGGCUGCCUUGCACAAUUCUAUUUUUUUGCCUCUUUUGUGGUUACUGAGUGUUUCCUACUGGCAGCCAUGUCCUACGAUCGGUACUUGGCCAUAUGCCAGCCCCUGCUCUACGCAAGCCUCAUGAUGCAGAAGUUCUCACUGCAGCUGGCAGCAGCAUCUUGGCUGGUGGGAUUGCUAAUCUCCACAGUAGUCAUUUCUUUCAUAUCUGAGUUGAAGUUCUGUGGCCCCAAGGUCAUUGACCACUUCUUUUGUGUUUUUAAACCAUUGCUGGAGCUCACCUGCAGUGACACCAGUAUGGUUAUAAUUGUAACUUUCUUCCUAUCUUGUUUGGAUUUAGUCUUCCCCUUCCUGUUCACAGUGGCCUCCUACAUGUGCAGCAUAGCUACCAUCCUGAGGAUCCCAUCCAGCGUGGGCAGGCAGAAGGCCUUCUCUACCUGCUCCUCUCACCUCACUGUCGUCACUGUUUUCUAUGGCACCCUCAUCGCUGUCUACAUGCUGCCCAGAACCCCCAGACUCAGACAGCUCAACAAAGUCUUCUCCUUUUCCUACACUGUCCUCAUGCCCCUGGUCAAUCCCCUCAUCUACAGCCUGUGCAACAGGGAGGUCAGGGAGACCCUGAGGAAAGCAGUGAGGAAAGCUCUGGUCUGUACCCAGAGCUCAUAG